UGACCAUUGCAGCUGCACCGCGAUUUAAGGCCCAACCCGUGCUGUGGUCACACUGACAAAUAAAAAAAAACAAGACGUCGUCAUUCGCGUUGGAAUUCCAACAAAAUAGUUAAGUUUUCCUUUUGUUUAACACCUGUCGAGUUAGCCAGCGAGUUAGCCAGUGACGCUUGCCGGGAUACCAGGAGCAAGUCAGCCAGCAUAAAUAACCAUGGCAGCCGGAACAACACUACAGAAAGCCAUCGAUCUGGUGACUAAGGCCACCGAGGAGGAUCGAAAUAAGAACUACGCGGAGGCACUGCGUCUGUAUGAGCACGGCGUGGAGUACUUCCUGCACACCAUCAAAUAUGAGGCACAGGGCGAGAAGGCCAAGGACUCGAUACGGGCCAAGUGCCUGCAGUAUUUGGACCGGGCCGAGAAGCUGAAGGAGUACCUGAAGAAGGGCAAAAAGAAACCGAUCAAGGAGGGCGGCGAGUCCAGCGCCAAGGACGAUAAGGACAAAAAGAGCGACAGCGACGACGAGGACGGCGACGAUCCCGAGAAGAAGAAGCUGCAGAGCAAGCUGGAGGACGCCAUUGUCAUAGAGAAGCCAAAGGUUCAGUGGUCCGAUGUCGCUGGCCUGGAUGCCGCCAAGGAGGCGCUGAAGGAGGCCGUUAUCCUGCCGAUCAAAUUCCCGCAGCUCUUCACAGGCAAGCGGAUUCCGUGGAAGGGCAUCCUGCUUUUCGGCCCGCCCGGUACCGGUAAAUCGUAUCUAGCCAAGGCCGUCGCCACGGAGGCCAAUCGCUCCACAUUCUUCUCGGUGUCCAGUUCGGAUCUGAUGUCCAAGUGGCUGGGCGAGUCCGAGAAGCUGGUCAAGAAUCUCUUCGAACUGGCCCGCCAGCACAAGCCCUCCAUUAUCUUCAUUGACGAGAUCGAUUCGAUGUGCUCGGCGAGAUCGGACAACGAGAACGACAGCGUGCGGCGCAUCAAGACCGAGUUUCUGGUGCAGAUGCAGGGCGUGGGCAAUGACACCGAUGGCAUUCUCGUCCUCGGCGCCACAAACAUACCGUGGGUCCUCGACUCGGCCAUUCGGCGUCGAUUCGAGAAGCGCAUCUACAUUCCGCUGCCGGAGGCGCAUGCCCGCCUCGUCAUGUUCAAGAUCCAUCUGGGCAACACCACGCACGUGCUCACCGAGCAGGAUCUCAAGGAGUUGGCCGGCAAAACCGAGGGCUACUCCGGCGCGGAUAUAUCAAUCGUGGUGCGCGAUGCACUGAUGGAACCCGUGAGGAAAGUGCAGACCGCCACGCAUUUCAAGCGGGUAUCCGGUCCGAGUCCCACCAACCACGAGGAGAUUGUCAACGAUUUGCUGGUUCCGUGCUCGCCCGGCGACCAGGGCGCCGUCGAGAUGAACUGGAUGGAUGUGCCCAGCGACAAGCUCUUCGAACCGCCCGUGACCAUGCGCGACAUGCUCAAGUCCUUGUCCCGCACGAAACCCACUGUCAACGAAGACGAUCUGAAGAAGCUGCGCAAAUUCACAGAGGACUUUGGGCAGGAGGGCUAGACACGAUCCGCGCCAGAAAUCGUCAGCACCACCAGCUAAUUCUAAUUGUUGCCUAUUGCAUAAAUUUAAACACGUUUUACUUCUGGCUCUCCUUAAACAUUUUUUUAUUUUAUAUAUAUAUAAUGUAAACAUACGAUAUAUGGUUAAAAUGUAAUUCAAAUUUGUCGUUCGAUUGCUACGGAGAUGAAGGACAUGCAGUGAGCGUGAAGCGGGUGGAUCUGUGGAUUGUUGUAAUCACAAAGUCAAUGUAUUUUUGUACUCUUAAUGUUAAGCGAUGGAAGAAACCCGACAUCCAGCCUGAAAAUGAAACCGACACAGAAACCGAAUGUAAUAUGAGUGUCCGCCGCGCUUGCGCAAUAUUUGCCACUCGGACUUGCCACGGACACCUGAUCAGAGCAGCAGCAAUCAGCGGAGGAGCUGGAGCUGGAGAAGCAGAAGCAGAAGGAGCAGGAGCAGUUGGAGGAGUUUAAGCGCAGUCGAGCAAACCUAUUUAACUUGUAACGUACCAGAAAUAAAAGCGAAAAUUGUAUACUA